CUCCCCAGUCUUAGCUAGCUAGCUAGCUAGCUUCUUCAAAGAAGUUGGCAUUGGUUAGGCAACUAACAUGCGCGUAAUCGGACAGUUAGAGUAAUUAAACUAAGUUCGGUUAAGGUAAAGCGUGUUUCUUGUUGGGCGGUGACGGUGUUUAGCUGAAGCUAGCUUGCCGACGCUACAGACUUUGACUGUUAGCCACGGGGCGUUCUCCGGACAGUUACUUAAGUUUAAGCUCCUGCAUUCGGAGUAAUGUCUGUGCGUUUUUAUUAUAAAAGUUGGUACAAAGUAGAUGCGAAUCUUUAUUAAACACACAAAUGAUAAGCUCAUUAUCGUUAAGUCGAUAUGUGCGGCGUGCUACUAGCAGGUAGUCUAGUUAGCUUUUAAACUUACUCUAGUGCUAGUGAAUGUAACAGGUAGCUAAGUGUGGCGUAAUAAGUUAAUAAGCCUUCAUUUGUAUUUAAAGUCAGUUUUAAUGUUCUGUGUGCGUUUUGCUCCAGUAACCAGCACCGUUUCGUGUCUGUAAAUAUAUACAGAAAACCGAAAUACUAACUUUGCUUUAGCUAGCUACCAUUCACCCGCGGUUUAGCAGGCUAGGCUAACAAGCUAGCAGGUAGGAUCCACUCGCCUUGGCAACGGGGUAGUCUCGUCUCCAUGGACGUAUAGCGUUAUGUAUCUGCCGUCCGGCGACUGUGCGAUUUAAAUAAUUUAAAGGAAAAAGUCGGACGAUGUCGUCUUUUUCGGAUACGGCCCUGGAAAAAAAGCUGUCCGAGCUCAGCAAUUCGCAGCACAGCGUCCAGACUCUGUCUCUCUGGCUGAUCCACCACCGAAAACACUCGCUGGUCAUCGUCCGAGUGUGGCACCGGGAGUUAAAGAAGGCCAAAAGCAGCCGCAAGCUGACUUUCCUGUACCUCGCCAAUGACGUGAUCCAGAACAGCAAAAGGAAAGGGCCCGAGUUCGCUCGCGACUACGAGACGGUGCUCGUUGAUGCCUGCUCUCAUGUGGCGAGAGAGGCGGAUGAGGGGUGCAAGAAGCACAUGGAAAGACUGCUCAAUAUUUGGCAGGAGCGUGGUGUAUACCGGGCAGACUUCAUUCAGCAGCUCAAACUGGCCAUUGAGGAUUCCAACAGCCCCAAACAUAAGACAGAGGAAAAAAAAGCCACCAAACGUUCAUACCAGAAAAUUCAGGAGGAGGAAGAGGAGGAGGAGGAAGAUGAUGACUACAGGGGACACUAUUCUCCACGGGACUCCGAUGCCUCAACUCCCCUGCUGACAGAGGAGCUGGUCAAAGCCCUGCAGGAUCUAGAGAAUGCAGCCUCUGGUGACGCCGCGGUCCGCCAGAAGAUUGCCUCGCUGCCACAGGAGGUCCAGGAUGUCUCGCUGCUGGAGAAGAUCACAGACAAGGAGGCUGCGGACAAGCUGUCCAGGACGGUGGAUGAGGCCUGCCUGCUCUUGGCCGAGUACAAUGGGCGCCUGGCCGCGGAGCUGGAGGACCGGCGGCAGUUGGCACGCAUGCUGACCGAGUACAUCCAUAGCCAGAAGGAGGCCCUGGUCGAGAGGGAAAAGAAACUGGAGGAGUACAAGCAGAAGCUGGCCCGUGUGACACAGGUGCGCAAGGAGCUGAAAUCUCACCUGCAGAGCCUGCCUGACCUCUCCCUGCUGCCCAGCGUGACGGGGGGCCUGGCGCCUCUGCCUUCUGCCGGGGAUCUCUUCUCCACUGACUGAACAUUGUUCCCGUCCCCUUUGUUCCUGAAAUCCUGCCCCCCACAUUCUUAACCUGGGUGUGGGGGCGGGCAGCACCACCCUGAAAAACUACUGAAGUUGAUCAUGGAAGCUGUGGCAGUCUUGGGGAGGGGUGCAUUCUGAGGUUUUGGUUUUUACCUGAUUCCUGAUUCACCAGCUCCAAAAAUGGGGGGGGGGGGUGUUAGACUACGCAGAAUGAUUUAAGAUUUUAUUCAUUUUACUUUUUUAUCAAUAAAAACCAAAUAUCGGUAUGUGGCAAAGUUACCCAAAACUUUGUCCCCUAGGGCUGUAUUUUGGAUUAUUAUUAUUAUUAUUGGUGCGACUCGGGUUGAUUUACGAGUGAAAGCCAGGUUUUCUGAAUUGAUGCUUUAAAGCUCGUAGAUUUAUGGCAGGAUAAAAUUUCGUUUAGCUGUUCUUGCGUAAUGCGCUGUGAAAGCUACAAUGGCAAAGCUUCGUAUUUGCCUGUCAAGUUUUUUUUUUUUUUUUUUUUUUUUUUUUUUUUUAUUCUUCGAAGUCUUUCUGGUUGUUCCGAAGCAAGUUAAGUUUGUAAACUCUUUUUAAAAGGCAUCUUGCUUGUUUAUGAAAUGCUAACGAGAGUCAAUUGCUGGCAUAUAAACUGAAUUGCUCCAAAGGGAUCCAGUUGUUUGAAUCGGUAAACCUGCACACAACAUUCAUUCGUCCUGCCUCUGCUUGAUCCCUUUCUAAUCACUGACCCGCAUUAUGCUGUGAAAGUGACCUCAUGAGUCAUUUACAACCCUUUAUAUACUUUCUCUAUUUAUGUGAAAAUUAAAAAAAAAAUGGGAAAAUUU